UGACCUUGAGCUGUUGAAAUUAUAAUUAUCAUUGUUUGGUCCAGCCUCGGAUGUUCAUCUGUCUCUUAUUAGUUAGUUGAUUUUAGAUCGUGUUACGUCAAACGUUUUUUGUAUUUUGCAUUAAUAAAUUACUUUUGUUCUUCCUGUAAUCUGCGUCUAUUUCAUAUACGCGUGUUAAAUAAUCUUUGCUAAAAGGUUGUGGGUCUAGAACACAUUGGAAAAAUAUAAAUUUUUGUUGAGAUCAAGACUCGAGUUAUUUUCUUUUUUGAGGUUGACUUCGGUUUUGUCAGGGUUCGUAAGUACAUUGUCAGGAUGAACGCGACCGAUCUUCUACAGACGUGGUGACAGUCCUCUGGUUGGUUAUGUGGAUGCGGAUUGGGGAGGCUCUAUUGAAGAUAGGUGCUCCUUUUCAGGUUACGCUUUCUCUAUGAGCGGUGGAUUAGUUGCUUGGGAUUCAAGGAAGCAACGUACGGUGGCCUUUUUAACAACGGAGGCCGAAUAUAUGGCGAUGAGCUAAGCGACUAAGGAAGCCAUUCAUCUCAGACCUUUUCUACUGGAGCUUGGAGAGUCUGAUAACAAGUCAAUAAAGUUAUUAGUUGACAACUACAGCGCACAAAGGCUAGCUAUCAAUACAGUGUACCUUGCACGAACCAAACAUAUCGAAAUACGUCAUCAUUUUGUUCGUGAGAUUGUGGAGUCGGGUGAGAUAGUUUUGGAACACGUCGCAUCUAAAGACAUGCCUGCCGACGUCUUAGCCAAGGUCUUAAUCAAACCAAAACACAAACAGUGUGUUCGUCUCCUGGGACUAUCGAAGAUACCAAUUUGAAAUAUAGAGAAGGCAGUUACUUAUUGCGUAAAAUAUGACAUUAGGGGUUGCAGUUAAAGAAAAGCAAAAAUGAUUGCCACCUCUUCUAACUUGGAAGAUGCUUGUAGGCAGGCUCAGGAAUUAAUAAACCAGGUUUCUAGAACCUGGAAGGACUCUCAGAGUCAAUGUUUAAUGGCAGAAAAGCUAUCAACUGCUUACAAGAAGGAGCAAAGCUAUUCCAAACACACUAUCCAAUCGAAACUCACUAGACUGUAUUUCGAAGAGCUAUCCAAAGUUCCUCAUGCAACUCCGGCUUCAGUUCUGAAAAAUCUUCAAAAUGAGUGCGAUCUCCUGGGACGGCUGGUGCAGCGUGAAGGCCUGCAUACGCUAAUUGUUAAUCUUUACGCUAGUAACAAAGGAUACUCAUUAGGUGUAAGAAAUAGCGAUAAGGGAAGUCGGUACGACAAAAAUGCUCUGCUAUCCGAAACUCAACUGAUGGGUUACGAACAAGGAGAGUUCCUUUCUUGUAUUGACAAUGGCCAGCUCCCGGCGAUGUUGGCUGAACAACUGGAAUCGAGUCACUCUCACUUGUUCUACGACGGCUGCAUCAUCGCCGAAGUUCGGGAUUAUCGCAAACAUCACACCAAACCUGAUAUCCAUCAUGUGUUACUCAAGCCCACUACUCAGAGCGUCCUCUCAGACGUUUCGACUCUGACAAGCAACGGCGAAUGGAGUCAUGAGGAGAGACUGAUGCUCGAAUCGCACCUAGUGGCAGCUACCCAGGGUCCUCUUUGUUUGGAUCCAAAUCCUAUUCCCAGUCUGGCAACUACACGGAUUCAACAAUCCAAAGCCCUUCUAACCGAUCAUCAAUUAAUGCGCCAAGCCAAAAAGUUUUCUCAGGUAACUGUGAAUCGCAAAAGGAAAUUGGAACAGUUGUCUCAGCCUGAAGGAUUUACGAUACAGGAUCUAAUGCAGAAAUUGAAAUCCAAAAGAGGAGCACCAACAACCUCUGCCUGCCCAACGCCUUGUCUUGCCAAUCCUCCUCUUUUCGCACCGAGCACACCAAUCGAGGUCUUAAGAUAUGCGAAGCAAUACGAGCGUCCGCGGGAAACGAAAGACUGCAUGCCGCAACUUAUAGAAGAAUACAUAUUAGAGACUGAAAGGGGCCAAGGUCGUAUCUACCACAUAAAGCUCUCUAUCCUUCAAAGACCUUCCAAUUUUGAGUACCUGGGAGAGCUUUACGUGGACAGGGAUUACCGAGAAGGAGAAAGAAAUGGUUCAGCAUGCAGAUUCACGCUUGGUAACAGAGUAUUAGCCAAUCAAUAUAUUCAGCAGUUUACGGAAAUUUUCACGGAAGAGGGGAAGAAGAAUGUCAGAAUCAAACACGUUGUGCCUGGGCAGGUUCCUCGCGUCACAUGCACUCCAGGCAUGCAACGUGCGCAUCACCAGGCUCAGCAGGCUCAAUUGGUCGCUCAACAGUUGCAGCAGGCUCAGCAGUCGCAGCAGAUUCUCUCGCGUGCUCAGGGUCAGAUAAAUAAUUUAGCAGGACAAGUAGCAUCCACCAAAGCCGCGGCGGAGGCUUCGACGUCUGCGCACGUGAACCUGACAUGUGCAGAUGCUGCAAAUGUGAUUCAAAACAUACCUCAAGUGGAUGCGAUCGGAAGUGUACAUUCGGUUGUUCAGCCUAUCGCAAAUGGAGGACCUAAUGUACCAGCACCGGUGCAAAUCGAAGCCACUGCGAUGCCCACGACCAAUCCCAGUCCCUGCAACGGGUCUGGCAUCCUUGUUUUUCAACAGAAACAGACUGCUCCAAUCAACAAUGCUGUCACUAAUGUUCCUAUUCUGCAAGCCCAGUUGCAAUCUGGAACUCAAAGUAACAUAGGUGACACAAGUCAAAAUUCGAGCGAAGUGACUUUUAAGAAUCACGCGACCAAUCCAGCAAUAAGCGCUCUCGUUACUUCCCUCAUGAACUCUGCUAAUCAGUUCCAACACCAACAACAAGUUGCAGCGAACGCAGCUGCAGCCGCUCUGAACAAUAAUGCACAAGCUACUCCGAAGUCAAAUAAUGCCGCGAUUCUUAGUUUACUGAAUAGCACGCCAGCGAAUUUGGCCCAACAGAAAACUCAACCCCGGAGGAUCUCCUUAAAUGCUUCCAUUCCACAGAGAGUAAUAAGUCACGGCAACAUGAUAACCGUACCCAACACGACGGGCCAAUUACCAACUUCGGUGAGACUCAGUUUUGCUCAAGCAAUCGCAGGACAGUUAGCAGGUAAACAACAGCCAGUGAAAGGAGCAACAGUACGUCUAGCGCGAGUUCAAGACUCGACUUCCACCCUUGGUUUGUCCAUGCCAGGGCUUUCAGCUCUUCUCGCUGGUACUCCUUCAGCAGAUAAUCCAAUUCCGGGGUUAAAUAGCGCCUCGUCUCUAUUGGAGAGACUAACUGCCUCUUCAAAUCAGGGUAGCCAGCCAACUAGUCCGAUGACGAGUCCACCGCCUGCUAACGUUAAUCUACAAGGCGUCAAUUUAACAAAUUUGCCUAAUUCCAUCAACGGACUUCAAAAUGUCCAGGUAUCAUUCCCUGGUUUAUCGCAACCUAUCACAAUGUCGUUGAACGUGUCUGCCGCCACGGGAUCGGUUACACCAACAGGCGUUCUCGUUUCACUACCCAUUUCAUCGGGGACCAACACCUGCACCACAGUAUCUAGCAUGGUUCCUGCCACCGUUGUCACCACAGCAAUGGCUGGAAGUACACCAACCGUAGUGAUCGCCAAUCCUGCCAAUACUCAUUUGUCGUUACCAGUCGCUCAAAUAAUUCAGCCGGGGAUAAAAAGCCUCUCCCAACAGAAUAUACGUAACACCAAUUCCGUAACUCUCGCUCAGGGAGGGCAGGCGAUACAACUUGUUGGAUCUCAGAGGCCGCGAUUCAGUCAAAUGGCACGUCAAGUUCAACCCAAUAAUCAGACGAAACCGACCGUUUUACCAAAUCAAUUGGUAACUGUUGCUAAACCCGUGUCGGCGAGUCAACUCAUUUUAACUGGUAACAAGCAAGUUUUAACUCCCAUUAUGGCGGCGUCGAACCCCAUGUUAAUGGCAUCUCAAGUAACGCCUUCUUCCCAAUCAGUACCUGGAAAUAAACAAACCUUAAUUACGAAGUCUUUACAAGUCAGAACUACUUCCACUGGACAGUGUAGUCCACAGACGCAAGGUAUCAACAUGGCUACAUUGUCGCAACAGCAACUCCAGCAACUGCAGCAGAUGGCCGCACAGCACAAAGCCGCAGUGGCAGCGGGCAAUUCUCCAAACAGAACUCACAUUCAGCAUCAGCGAAACUCGGCCUCCGGGGAUGAUCCUCUUUGAAUUCAUGGUAACUUCGAAAUUCAAAGUUCGCUCCGUGCACGCAUAAUAAUUAGAUGUCGUCUUUCCAAACGACAAUGCGGAUGAAUCAGCAAAUCAAUUUUCCGAGGAACAGCUGAUAAAUUGUAUCUAUUUUUUGAAUCAUUGAAUCGCAACGUUCGAAGAUAUAUACACUAUGACAUUAUUACAAAUAAAUAAAUGAAUUAUGUGCGUGUUCAAUAGGGAAUGGAAGUCGUAAAGAUAUUGGAUGAAUCGACAUUUGCCUCGUGAGAUUGUACUUUGAGGAAGGUUUCAAUUAUUGUAGAUAACAUAUUAUACAUACAAUAUACGAUUUGUUUUAUAUUAAAGAGAAAACGUAAUACG